AUGUGCAUAUAUAUAUAUACACACACACACAUUUACAUUUAUUCAUAUUAUAUAUAUAUAUAUAUAUAUAUAUAUAUAUAUAUAUAUAUAUAUAUAUAUAUAUAUAUAUAUAUAUAUAUAUAUAUAUAUAUAUAUAUAUAUAUAUAUAUAUAUAAUAUAUAUAUAUAUGUAUGUACAUAUAUAUAUGUACAUAUAUAUAUAUAUAUAAUAUGUACUAUGGUAUACUAUAUGUAUAUAUAUAUAUAUAUAUAUGUAUAUGUGUAUAUCCAUAUUUACCUGUGCAUUGCAAAGGUGGUUUUGGAGAUGAGAGGCGUCCGCAGACAGUUGAGGCCGGCAGGCAGAGUCCGUAUGGGGUAA